CGACUGAACAAGGGUCAGCUGAGCCCUAAUUCUUUAUCGGCUUAUCCGAACAUUUACAAACAGAAAGGAUUGCAUGGAUGUGCGGGCUUCUGUCAUAGCCUCCUAUACUUGCAUUACAUUCCUCCUACUUUAAAAAACGGCUGAUGACUUCCACUUUGUUGGUUAAGCCCAACGCCAACUGCUCUUACAACUUCUUAUCUUCAACAGUCAUGGCAUUGUGCUCUACCUUCUGCCCUCGUAUUGCUAACAACUUUAGAGUAACACCCAUUUCUUCGUUUCCUUCAAAACCCCUGCUUUCUCUUUCUGUCAAGGCUCUCUCUUCUCAGGCCUCUGAUGCUUCAUCCCAAGGUAAAUUUUCAGGCCAAAUCGGUUUUCUGGGUCUUGGAAUUAUGGGUUCACCAAUGGCACAGAAUCUCAUAAAAGCUGGAUGUGAUGUGACGGUAUGGAACAGGACAAAAAGCAAAUGUGAUCCUUUCAUCAGCCUUGGUGCAAAGUAUAGAUCCUCUCCCGAGGAAGUAGCUGCCAACUGUGAUGUCACAUUUGCGAUGCUUGCUGACCCUGAAAGCGCAAUUGAUGUUGCCUGUGGAAAGAAUGGAGUUCUGAGUGGCAUGGGUCCUGGAAAAGGCUAUGUAGACAUUUCAACCGUUGAUGGUGCCACUUCUAAAAUGAUCAAUGGGCAUAUCAAAGCAACUGGGGCAUUAUUUCUAGAGGCUCCAGUUUCAGGCUCCAAAAAGCCAGCAGAAGAUGGACAGCUGAUAUUUCUUACUGCAGGUGACAGAUCUCUAUAUGAUUCAGUUGCUCCACUCUUGAACAUCUUGGGGAAGUCAAGAUUUUACCUUGGGGAGGUUGGAAAUGGAGCUGCUAUGAAACUCGUUGUUAACAUGAUCAUGGGAAGUAUGAUGGCAUCAUUUUCUGAAGGAUUACUUCUUAGCAAGAAAGUGGGACUUGACCCGAAUGUUCUAGUUGAGGUGGUCGCACAGGGUGCUAUUAGUGCACCAAUGUACUCUGUUAAAGGCCCCUCAAUGGUUAAAUCCCACUAUCCCACAGCCUUUCCCUUAAAGCAUCAACAGAAGACUUGCUUUGGGAUUAGCAGAAUCUGUUUCCCAAUCCACUCCAAUUGCAGCCGCAGCAAACGAGCUGUAUAAGGUUGCAAAGGCAUAUGGCCUCAGUGAUGAGGAUUUUUCAGCGGUAAUUGAAGCAUUGAAGGCUAAAUCUGACGACUCGGCCUGACUAUAU